AAGUCCGCUGACUGCACCCAGCUACCUGUCAGACGCAGCCGAGACAAGCAGCGACUGGCAGCGCAACAACAAUUUGCUUCAAAACCCCAACCCUCUCUCUCUCUCUCUCUCUAUAUCUUCACCAACACUCACUCACACACACACACACGCGCACACACACUCUCUCUAAAAUCAUCACUAUGAACGACGACGAAACAGAGUCCGAGGGUGAGAUUAGGGCUUCCGUCGAGCCCGCUUCGGAGGACGCUCCAUCCAGCCCCGGUAGCAGCGGGUACGUCGGCGAAGGAGGCAGCACCAGCGCAACCACUGGUUCGCAAUUCGAAAUUGAGCACGAAGAAAUAGAAGAGGACACCACAAUUGAUAUGGACAGAAUCUCGAUUUCCGAUUCCCACGCGUCGUGGAUUCCCGGCAAACGCCACUUCGAUGAGGAUGAUGGUUCCAUAUCGUGGAGGAAGAGGAAGAAACAUUUCUUCGUUCUCAGUCAUUCCGGCAAACCUAUAUAUUCCAGGUAUGGAGAUGAACACAGACUUGCAGGGUUUUCAGCAACUUUGCAAGCAAUUAUUUCCUUUGUUGAGAACGGGGGCGACUCUGUCAAAUUGGUGAGGGCUGGAAGGCAUCAGGUGAUUUUUCUAGUGAAAGGACCAAUUUACUUAGUCUGCAUCAGCUCCACAGAAGAACCUUACGCUUCAUUAAGGGGGCAGUUAGAGCUAAUUUAUGGACAGAUGCUUGUUAUACUAACAAAAUCAAUAAAUAGAUGUUUUGAGAAGAACCCAAAGUUUGAUAUGACACCCUUGCUUGGUGGAACAGAAAUUGUCUUCUCUUCUCUAAUACACUCCUUCAGCUGGAACCCAGCUACAUUUCUUCAUGCCUAUACUUGUCUCCCUCUUGCAUAUGCAACAAGGCAAGCUGCAGGAGCUAUUUUGCAAGAUGUUGCUGAUUCAGGUGUUUUGUUUGCAAUACUGAUGUGCAGGCACAAGGUAAUCAGUCUCGUUGGUGCUCAGAAAGAUUCCCUUCAUCCAGAUGAUAUACUGCUUUUGGCCAACUUUGUCAUGUCAUCUGAAUCCUUCAGGACAUCAGAAUCAUUUUCUCCAAUUUGCUUGCCAAGAUAUAACCCUUCAGCAUUUUUGUAUGCAUAUAUCCAUUACUUCGAUGAUGACACAUACUUGGUGUUACUAACCACUAAUUCUGAUGCAUUUUAUCAUCUUAAGGAUUGCAGGAUUCGUGUUGAAAAUGUUCUUUUGAAGUCAUGUGUCCUUAGUGAAGUUCAGAGAUCCUUGCUAAACGGGGGAAUGCAUGUUGAAGACUUGCCACCUAUAUCUCAUUCUGGAUCAUCUCAUUUGGGCCAGCACAUGCUUCCAUCAGAUUCUCCUGACAGAUUUAGGGAAGCUAAUUCUGGCAUUGGGGGUCCUGCUGGGUUGUGGCAUUUCAUAUACCGCAGUAUAUAUCUUAACCAGUAUGUCUCCUCGGAAUUCCCAUCAUCAAUUAAUACGCCUCAGCUGCAAAAAAAAUUGUAUAGAGCUUACGAGAAACUUUUUGCAUCCAUGCAUGAUAAAGGAAUUGGACCGCACAAAACUCAAUUUAGAAGAGAUGAAAACUACGUUCUUCUCUGUUGGGUGACACCGGAUUUUGAGCUCUACGCUGCCUUUGAUCCCCUUGCAGACAAGGCCUUGGCAAUCAAGACGUGCAACCAUGUUUGUCAGUGGAUAAAAGAUGUGGAAAAUGAAAUAUUUUUGUUAGGAGCUAGCCCCUUUUCAUGGUGAUUUCCUUGCAAAUGCUGUAAACAUGUACGGUAAAUUUUAUUCAAUAAAAAUCCUGCAGUUUAUUCUUUUUAA